AUGAGUAUACGCGAACUGCCAGUGGAAUUGAAAAAAUUCGCGAAAGAAGAACUUGGUGAAGAUGAUAAUCAUUUAAUAGAAGAUGUAAAUUAUAUAAUAGACUGGGUGUCGAAACAGCCUCACCUGUGUAUACGUGAAGAUCCACAGUGGAUAGCAAGUUUUUUACGAGGUUGUAAACACAGUUUAGAGAGAACAAAAGAAAAAUUAGAUGCUUAUUAUACCAUUAAAACCCAUUUGCCUGAGCUUUUUCAAGAUCGUGAUCCAAAGCAGUCAAAGAUACAAAAAUCACUUGAAUUCGGAAAUUAUUUACCGCUACCAAUAACCGCCAAACCCGAUGGCCCGCGAGUUGUGUUUAUACGCGGCUCAAUAUUCGAUUUCAAGAAAUUUGGUUUUCAAGGACUCCUGAAAAUAUUUUUCAUGAUUAUGGAUAUUUCACUGUUAGAUGAUGAUUGGCUUAAUGUUGCAGGGCAAGAUACUGUUAUAGAUCUCAGCGGAAGUCGCCUCGAGCACGCGAGCUACAUCACGCCUGCUCUAAUAAAGAAAGCCGUUACCUGUUUCCAAGAUGCCUACCCAAUUAAGAAUAAGAGCUUGCACUUUGUUAAUCCACCGCCUACCUUCGAGACAUUUUUUAUACUUAUUAAGAGGUUUACGAACGAGAAAUUGAGAAAUCGAGUAAUGCUUCAUCGUGAAAUGGAUAAAGUUUUUGAUUAUAUCCCAAAACGUGUUUUCCCUUCUGAUUAUGGUGGCGACGCUCCUUCUAUUGCUAUAUUAACCAAAGAAUGGAAGAAAAAAGUAAUCGAGAAACAAGAGUGGUUUAUCGAAGACUCUCAAUACCGAGUGACAGAGUCAAAGAGGCCUGGAAAGCCAAUUACAGGAUUAGAUCUCUUUGGACUCGAGGGUAGUUUCAAACAACUUGACUUCGAUUGA